AUGACGUUUAACAUCAGAAUUGGUCCUAGUCCUCAUGGCUCGGAUGGGUCUUCGUUAUCCGAUGAAGAGGAUUCUUCUGGAGUGCAGGUUUCACCUCCCGGAAGUCAUGAUUACCAUGACCCAUACGACGAAUGGGCGCACUUAUCGUACCCCGAUGAAAUAAAACCUUCCGAUUCUGCCUCUCGACCUAGGACAUCACAUCAAGCAAGGAAUCGUAAUCCGGUACGUGGCUUGUCUUCUGAUCGACGGCAUUCAACAAGACGUCAGUUUGCGCCGGAGCGUGAAUCAUUCCCACGACGCUCUCGCCGCCAUCCUGCUUCAGAAUCUCCAGAGAGUAUAGACUCGGCGGAUGAAUAUGGUGCUCAUUAUGGUCGGACGUCUAAUGAAAGAAGAUAUUGGUCACCAGCGGCCCGGGGACCAGGUUAUGCACGUAGCUCCUCGCCGGGGCCUUCAUAUACCUAUCCCAAUGGUGCUGUGCCUCAUGGUACAUUUGCACAUCCAAGCGCAUCGCAACCCCCCUCCGAUCAACUUAUAAGAGUCGGCCAUCAUGGUCAACAUAGCCAGCCGCCGCUUUAUGGUCAUUCGGCUUAUGGCUAUAACCCUUCCAUGCCCCACGCCCACGGCCAGCCAAUGCCACCGUUUUUCCUUCAUGAUCACCACGGGGGGCAGCCUGUGCAUCACCCGACACCAUCUUCUCAUCUGCGAAGCGACGGUCACAGCUCGCCACAACACUCAAUCACUCAUCACAUGCCGCCAUCCCGUGGCCCCAUGCAAUAUGGCGGCCCGCCAUUAGGUCCCAAUGAAAUGGUUCCCUAUGGUCCAGGGAACUAUUAUCCAUUUAGAGAGCCAUAUGCAAUGGUUCCCGGGAUGCUUCCGCCCUAUUUCAACAACUACCCUCGUGUGCCUUCUCCCAGCCAAGUUGAGUCGAAUGGAUCUCCAGCGCCACAGCCUACAGAUCCCGCGAAAGAUGAGGCACUCGUGCGACUAGAGAAACUAAUAAUGGAUGAGAGAAUCGAGCGCGAGGCUAGAGAUUCUAGGGAAGCGGCACGCCAGGCUGCAAUCGAGCAGGAAGCCGCCGAGCAAGCUGCUAGAGAAGAGCGCGCUGCACAUGAGAAGAGGAUCACGGAAGCAGCCGCUGCUCAAGCUAGGGCAGAGGCAGAGCAAAAAGCCGCGGAAGAGGCUGCAAAAGCCAAGAAAGAGGCAGAGGAAGCUGCAGCGGCAGCAGCGGCAGCGGCAGCAGAGGAGGCGGCCGCAGCGGCUACCGACAAAGCAAAUGCAGCGGCAGCAGAAGCUGUUGCUGCUGCAACCGCAGCAGCUGCUAGUAAAUCCGCGGAAAAGAAGAAACCAAUCAAAUUCAAAGAUGCCGUGGGUAGGAAGUUCAGCUUCCCCUAUGAUCUAUGUUGCACCUGGAAGGGAAUGGAAAAUCUCAUCCGCCAAGCUUUCCUCCACAUCGAGAUAAUUGGGCCUCAUGUCGCCGAAGGGCAUUAUGAUCUGAUCGGCCCAAAUGGCGACAUAAUACUUCCACAGGUCUGGGAAACCGUCAUUGAACCGGACUGGGCUAUCACAAUGCAUAUGUGGCCUAUACCGGAGAAACCCAAGGAUCCUGAUCCCGCCUCAUCUGCAGAUCCUCCUGGUUCUGAAGUUUCAGCCCCACCUCAACCUUCUGUGGCGCCUGCGGCAGAAGCUGCGAACCAGGGCGAUUCGAAGAAAAAACUUGAGGGGAUAGGCGUUAAGAAACCCCGGCCAAAAGCCCCCGAUCCCGGGGCCUUCGCCAUGUGGAUGGUUGGCAACCACCGUGGGAAAUUCCAGAAGGCUUUAAAAGCGGGAAAAAAGCCUAAAGUAGUCGUCCAGCACGGAAAUUGCUGCCGUGUUAUGUGA